AUGUCUUCCGGGGCUGUCAUCUCGGAUCAAAUGCCUGGCAAACGACCUUUAUGGUCGCGGCGGCUAACGGAUGAGUCCACUCUGAACACUUCUUUCGAUAAUUGUAACCAUGGGUCACAGAGGUUUAAAGGGACCUCGAAGCCAAGAAUAUAUACUAGGCCACUACCCAAGAAGACCUCUCUGGACGAUGCGCCCUCAAUGACUCUAAUCAACUCUUCACGAUCCGCGGGCGAUCGUGAUAGUCUAGGAAUCCACACGACUACUGAGAGGCGAAAUCAGUGUGAUCCAUUUACCGGGUCCGGCGAAUUUAACCCUCAUAGUCGACUUCCAAGUACAACCAAUCAAAUCACGGCCUGCAACCCAAGUACGAGAAAGCCAACCUCCAAGUACAUUGAUUCCUCGCGUCACGCGCCUCGCACUUAUGCACCUGUGGGCCAGUCUUAUCAAACAUCGCUCGUUGAAAGCCAUUGCUCCGAGGGCAAGAACUCUUUUGACGGAGAGUCUCUAGCCCGAUCAAGCUCCGACACUUUUCAACCCUUCGUGCGUGCUCAGGCACCGCGACUGUCGCUGCAAAUCCAUGACGGUUCAUCUACACCGUUGCCUACAAUCUCGCAGACGAACGUCACAGGUCGAUCAUCAUUUGGAUAUGCAAGAGAUAAUGGUAGUGCCCUUGAUACCCCUUCUCCGAUAUCCAGGUCAUCACUGGAUUUUGUGUUCCGAUCCAAGACUCGGACCAGUGUUGACCCCGUAUCUCGGGCAGCUACAAUCCAGGCGGCGCGUCAAGCUUUCGAGGAGAAGCAAGAAGCCAAAAAUCGCAAACUUGAACAACAACAGAUGAAAGAAGAAGAAAAACAGACGCGCCGCAGGGAAAAGCAGUACUGGCGAACAUCGAUGAGAGAUGAUGAGAUGCAUUCGUCAACGCCUGAGGAAAAGACUGACCCGGCGGAAACGCCUCAUGCUACCACCGCUUCCCAGCAGCAGUCAACCUCGAUAUCAUGGAAAUCUCGAUCCAAAAACACUUGGAUGAUUUUCAUAGUCUGGCUACGAACCAGAGUCUUUAAAUUGCGAAGAAAAAUAAGAAAAAUGCAAUAA